AUGUUCCGCUCCGGCGCGUCUCGGGGCCUCCUGCGCUCCCUGAACACCUCCACCACACCAGGCCUCAAAGCCACCAGCUCGCCAGCCCGACAACAGCUGCGGUCUCAGCUAUGCACCCUCUCCCGCCGACCGCAAGUCCUCUCCGUCGCAAAGCCAUUGGCUCCACAGACCUUGGCAUUGGCAAGAUGGGCGAGCACCGAGCGGCCCACCGUUGACAAGGUCGACACCAAGAGGGAGGAUGCCAUUCGCAGCCACGAGAUCAAACCCACCCCAGAAACUGUGACCCCCAGCUCGAGCUCGGUCUCUGCACCAGUGAGCAUGAGCACUUCAGCAGUGGACAGCGAGGAGGCAGAGCCGGACAUGAUGGGCGGUAUAAGGUCGGAUCUGCAAACUAUCCGUGACACGUUCAGUCUCCAAGAGGUGCCGAGGCAAGCCUACUACAUGGGAAUGGCGGGCGUGCUCCCCUAUGCCGCGACCGCCAUGACGACCGUGUACUGUGCGUUUGAGAUUGGCCACGCUGCCGACACCGGGACAGGCGUGUUCGUCAGUGAAAAGACGGCCGAGUCUCUUCUGCAUAUUGUCGAGCCACUGCAGGUUGGCUACGGUGCAGUCAUCCUCUCUUUCCUCGGAGCCAUUCACUGGGGUCUCGAAUGGGCCAAGUUUGGCGGCACUCAGGGCUACCCACGCUACAUGAUUGGCGUCAUCAGCACGGCUGUCGCGUGGCCUACGCUCCUCUUGCCUGUGGAGUACGCCCUCAUCACCCAAUUCCUGGCCUUCAACUUCCUCUACUAUACCGACACCCGCGCUAAGACCCGCGGCUGGGCGCCCCACUGGUACGGUGUGUACCGCUUCGUGCUUACGUUCGUUGUGGGCGCCAGCAUUGUCGUUUCUUUGAUCGGCCGUGGAAGGAUUGCGGACCGCAUUGACAAGCCUCCGGGUGUGGCGGACCGCAUCCGAGCGUUCCAGGGGGGUAGCCAGGAGACCCAGAUCGUGGAGGAGGAAGAGGCGAGGAGGAAGUUCUUGGCCGAAGAGGAUGACGAGGAGGAGGAAGACGAUGAGGAGUAG